AUGUCUUCAAAGAAAAAGACUAUUUUAAAAGUGAUUAUACUAGGCGACUCUGGUGUCGGCAAAACUUCGUUAAUGCAGCAGUUUGUCAACAGAAAAUUUAGCCAACAGUAUAAAGCUACUAUCGGAGCAGACUUCCUAACAAAGGAACUUGUUAUCGACAACAAAAAUGUGACUAUCCAGCUUUGGGACACUGCAGGCCAGGAGCGGUUCCAGUCUCUGGGAGUUGCUUUUUACAGAGGAGCAGAUUGUUGUGUACUAGUUUACGAUGUUACCAACAAUAAAUCGUAUGAUAAUGUCGUAUCCUGGAAGGAUGAAUUUUUAGUUCAGGCGAAUAUCAAAAACCCUGAGACUUUUCCGUUUAUCUUAAUCGGUAACAAAAUUGACGUAGAGGAGAACAAACGACAAAUCAACAACAAAAAGGCUCAGCAACUCUGCGCACAGCUAGGGAAUAUACCCUAUUUCGAAACUUCAGCCAAAGAAGCAGUCAACAUUGACCAAGCCUUUGACGUUGUAGCACGAAAUGCGCUCCAACAGGAAGAGAGCCUAGAUUUUGGAGAUGACUAUACAGAUGCCAUCAACAUCCACUUGGAUGGAGAGAGUUCAACGUGUGGAUGUUGA